AUGAGAGUGUACCCUCCGGUCAACACUUUCGACGUCUAUUUGAAGGUUCACCGUGGCGUAUGGAAGCUUGUUAGCACCGUCAAGGAGACCGCGGCCUAUUACAGUUUUGCGAAGUUUUCUGCUAAGUUGUGGUGGUUUCCCAUUUCCGGGCAGCCCGGUUGGCUUACCAGGCUCAGAUCGCGCAAGUCUAGUUCACACUUCGUCCCCUACCGCUGCCCUCCUUGGACCAGUUGGUUCCCUAUUGUUCCCAGAGCUGCGUCAGGCUUGGGAGGAGCGGGCCUAGCCACCGCGGGUCUGGCCAUUUUGGAAUUCAUCGACGCCAUGUUGCAGGAGGCCGAAGAGCAGCCGGGGAACCGAGGUGUCGGGCACACUACUAUCGGGGGUUGA